CCCAGUUCUCAGGAGCGUGCUUCACAAAUAUGGAUCACGCUACGUGACUUACACACUUGCCAGGCAAAGUCUCUCAAGUUUCCCAUUAAGCAUAUUCUAGAGAAAGUUUGAAGGUACUUGUAAAUAAUUUGACUGAAUGCCAGGAUGUAGGAAUAAGGAAAAAAAAAUAAGCACAUGUGGAAGGAUCAUAUCCUUCUUUCACCUAGUCCCUGGAUAUUGCUGAAAUUUUGUCCUAAGAAGAAAUAAUGAUUUGAAAGAUUAGAACAAAGAUGGACAGAUAAGAAAAUAAUUGAGCAUCUCCAAGGAACCAGAAACCAGUAUGACAGAAAAUAUAAGACCUUUCAGAAACUUUCUUCUUUACAAGUUUCUGUUUGCAUUGGCUUUUUGGAACCAUGUUAGCCUGUCUGUGGAAAAUGAACUCCUUACAUCUAUUUCUAAUGAUUUUCCAUUAGAUGGUUCUGACAAAAAAAUUGAGAGACUGCCACUCCUGUAUACAAGUAGUCAUCAGUCCAAAGCUAAUCUUGACUGGGUUGUGAUACAAAAUACUACAGAAAGCCUGUCAUUGGCAGAAAUCACAAAUAACAAUGUACAAAAAUUAGUAGCUUUAUUAUCUAAUUUCAGACCGGGCGCCAGGUUAUAUAAUUUGACACUGACAAAUGUGUCAGUGGACUGGAAUGCUCUUAUGGAAAUUUUUCAGACUGUGUGGCAUUCAUCCAUUAUGUACUUCAAUAUUGACAAUGUAACACAAUUGUCAGAAGUUGAAAGAUACGAUUUUAACUAUUCAUAUUCCUCUAUGAAAGCAUUCACAAUUAAGAAAGUUUUAAUCACGGAUCUGUACUUCACACAGGAUGACCUAUACCAAAUAUUUGCAAACAUGAAUAUUACAGCCUUGACAGUAGUUGAAUCGGAGAUGAUACAUAUGCUGUGUCCUUCAUCUGACAGUACUUUCAGAUAUUUAAAUUUUUUAAAGAAUGAUUUAACAGAUCUUCUUUUUCAAAAUUGCGACAAAUUGAUUCACCUGGAGACAUUAAUCUUGCAGAAGAAUAAAUUUGAGAGCCUUCCCAAG